CAUAGGUGUACCAUUUAAUGGCCUGGUUACACAACUACACAAACAAAUAAAUCUCAAUGGGAACAUACCCAACAACAGUUGCAGGCAGGGAAUUAUGUUUACAAAGAAGAUAUUUGCCUGGGAAUGAGGGAAGGCUGGGGGAAAGAAUACUGUUCAAAAUUGGCUUGAAGAAGACAGAGAAGGAAGGAAUCGGUGUUUCCAGUCACACGGGCUAGCCAGGAAAGCCAGGGGUGAACAUGGGGAAGACAGAGGGCCAGAUGUGUUCAGUGUAUGCAAUUGACUCGAGAGAGGCUAGAGACAAGCGGUAAAUGUUGCAGGCUUUCUUUUGGGCCCGCAACCAGCCCCCCAAAUUACGACACAGGGACUUUACUAUUAGCUAAGAAUGUUUGGCCUUAGCUUAUGUUUGUCCCACUAGCUCUUAUAACUUUGACAUCCUCUACGUUUUGCCUCAGGGCUUUUUACCUUUCUUUCAUUUGGUGUGCCCUGCUUUCCUGCUUCCUCUGUGUCUGGCUGCCUGGUAACUGCCUGGCUGGCAGGCCCAGGGCAUCUCCCUCUCUUUAGCCCCCAUUCUCUUUGUUCUCUCUAGCCUUAGAUUCCUCCUCUCUCUGCCCACCAGCUCCACCUAGCCCUCUACUGCCUAGGUAUUGGCUGUUCAGUAUUUUAUUAGACUGAUCAGGUACCUUAGGCAGGCAAAGCCACGUGUCUUUACAUUGUUGAACCAAUGCAGCAUAAACAAAUGUAACACAUCUUUACAAUAGUCAAACAAAUCCAGCAUAAGCAAAUAUACCACGUCAUUGCCUAGUUAAACAAAUAUUCCACAGCAGGUAAAGGCUCGCAGCAGCCAGAUCAUUCUGAGGACUGAGAAGAGCUUGAGGAAGUCAGGAGAUCACAUGUAAAUUCACAAAGAGGUACCUCCUAAACUUUAUCUUGGCAAACAUCCUUGCUCUGUAAGAGUCUGUGGUUCAAAGGAUUGGCUACUCCUCCAGACAUGUGGCUACUGGCCUUUUCAGGGCUGAAUGUGGCUAGAUCAUAUUUAGGGAUGAGCUGAAAUGCCAGUAUUAACUAGCAGUCAGACACUCUCAAAUUAAUUCCAUCCAUGUGAAGUAUUUUAUUGUGAAGACAUCCCAAUCUUGUUCCAUCAGUCAACAUCAACUCCAACCAGUUAGGGAGUGAAAUCCCAGAAGCUGGUCUGAUUGAACAUUUGAGGAGAAAGGUGAAUGACUGCCAGACACGCCCCUCCUCCAUUUCUAGAGCCUUUCUCAUGAUGAACGCUGGAGAAGGUCAGGAGUUGCCGCCUCUGCAUGGUUUUCUGAUCCUGAGGCUCUUUUUCCGUGUCUCUUUAUGGACUAUAGUCUCCUUUUGUCUGGAGCCCUGUCUAGGUGUCCUCUCAGAUCUUUCCUGAAUGGAACUUCAGUUGGAUCAUCUACCCAUCCUCCCUCUAGGACAUAGCUGCCUCCAGUUUGGUUUCUUUGCUCUUUGCACCUGGACUUAGCGUAAUGGAGGAGGGGGUACCUAGUUGCCCAUUGAACGGCUUCUGGUCCUCAUUUUCAGGACGAGAAGCUCCAACAAAUCUAGUUGUUCACGCAGUAACCCUGAAAGCAGAAGACCUGGGAUGGUGUCACAGAGGCAGAACCACUGCCCUCUCCAAUCUGCAGUCUGAGGGAAAUGAACUCCAAAGGGCCGCACAGUUGGAAAGAACCUCAUACAGGUUGAGCCUUCGAAGCCCAGAGAUGUGAACUCAUGUUUUAGCUGUGCGGUUGUAGAUCUGGCCAAUGCAGAGGCUGGAGUUGAACUUGGUUGGCAAAGUCAAUCUGUCUUCGCUUGCAAAAUGGCUAACGGUGCCGUUACUUCUAACCUCUGUGGUCGGCAUCAGGAGACUGAAACCAUGACUGAGACUUGGAUCUGUCAGUUCUGUAGCGCCUAUGACCCUGUGAUUGUAUGGCCUUUUAAUCGUCUUUAAUCCAUUUUACCGACUCAGUGGUGGUGACUACUCGGGCUGUGCUGUGUUCUGUAACGUUGAGAACUGGAGCUAGGAUUACAAUGUUAUCUCAGCCCUGAGCCCAAGCAGGACUGCGCUGCCUGCCCCUCCUCUGAGUACGCCGGAGCCUAGGGUCAACUGGGCACUCUCCUCUCAGAAGAAAUGUCUGACUCGUUCUGGCCUUAGGAGAUUUCAUUUGCAUCUAGAUGUCUGGGGCACCACUUGUCAGAGCACGAGAGAACAUGAGGCAAGAAAACACCUGACUCGGUGUUACUACCAAGGUCAGCACUCCUCAUGCCUCAGUAGUUCUGGGGCUGGCGGGAGGGUUUGGGUGUUUUGUUUUCAUGGAAAAAAGUACCCUGACAUGAAGAGAAGAGGCAUCAAAGCCAUGCAGAGGGACUGGCCACCUGAGCUAAAUCUGUCAGAGCGGGUGCUGAAGCGAUGGACAGAGGUCAGCUUGGUGGAGACAGAGCGCAGAGCAGGAGAAGCUGCAGUCUGGGUUUGGAUGAAGGGACCAGACUGCUCAUCAGCCGAUCCCACCUUGUAGUUCAGUUUUUCUCUUGGGGUUUUCUAAGGUUUCUUCUAAAACUCCCUCGCCGUUAGGAAAAAAUACUUUCCAGUAUUCAGAUGUAAAAGCAGUGAGCAUCUUGGUUCUGUAUUGGGAGCAUUUUGUGGGCCCUGCUGCUGAGAAGUCCUCUCAUACUGGCUAAGGUCACCAGUGAACCAGCCACAAAGACCUGUUCUUAUCUGGUGUUUGCCUUGGAACCUGUAGGGCCGUUGGUAGAAAGGAAAACACUCAGGUGUAGCAAAGAGAAACAAUAACUCUAAUCACAUAACCUGCUUUCUCCCUAAUUGUCCCUUAUCGUCGGGGAGCUGGGAGACUGAGAGCUAUAUAAACUGGACUCAGGAAGUCAAUGGGUCAUAGAAAUCGUAUCAUGCAUGCUGUUGCAUAAAGCCCGAGAGACAUCAUGAAAGGCCUCACUGCACCUUCCUUUCUUGUGACCAUCUUCCUAGCCCCAUCUCUGGCCCUGGUGAACACCAGUGUCAGUCAUUCUCCGGAUGGCUCUGUGGGGACCCAGACCAUCCAUGUCGAUGCCCUCCGAGGUCUGGUCACCAUCCAAGACAACAAUGUUCUGAGUGAAUGGAAUGGAAUCGUGGACUACAAGAAUGCCCUCCUGGCAGCUAAGCUGUUUAGUAAGAUGGCCUGUGUCCUGGCCAAGAUGGACCUGACAGUCUUCCCAAGUUUGGAUGAUAUCACCCAGGCCCUGGGCACACAGGAUUCCGGUCACUACCCACCCACCCGCGGACUGACCUACACGGUUUUACCCAGCCGAGUCAAAAACUUGGCCCAGUACGGAGUGCCUGUCCAGGACCUGUGUAGAGCAGUCCCCGCCUACUUUGUCCAGCAGCAAAAAGAAGGUUCCGCCCUGGACAUGGACCCAGAAUCCUGUUCUGAGCUCCAGUUUCUCUCCUUCAUGGGACUGUCCAUCUGUGGUGAGAUCCCUGGGCUCUGAACCCUACAUCAGCCAUGUGAAGACUGGACUUGCCUGCUCCAGCCUCUGCCUGUGGGAAGCAGCCCUUUCCAGUCCUCUACCUUCUGGCUUUCCAUUCAGCACUAGCCCUGUAAUGUGGGGAGGAGGGAGGUGCAACUUCUACCUUCUAGGAAAAAAUAAUAAAGUUUUCAUGUCACUGGCUAGCAGACAGAUUCCCUCAACUCUGUAGGCCCCCUCUUCCUCUGCAGGCCCCCUCUUCCCCUGCAGGCUCCCUCAUCCCCUGAAGGCCCCCUCUUCCCCUGCAGACCCCCUCACCCCCUGCAGGCUCCCUCAUCCCCUCUGCACUGCCAACCACGUGCA